CCCCACACCCGUUAACCCAAACUGCCAAUUCCGUCGCUUCUAUUGCAAGUGGUGCGCACAACAAUCGCUGGACUACUACCACUACCAUCGUGUUCGAUUGUUCUAUCGGCUAGCUUGUCAGAAAGAAACGACCUGAACCGGAGGAGGGUUAGCCGACAGGCCCGGGUAGCAUCAACCACCGUCUUCGAGAAUGGUCGUUCUUGCCCCGGUGAAAAACAACUCGGCGUGCCGUCAACGAUGACGACAAGCUCGGAGACGGGACCACCGGCGUGUCAUCCUACAGCUGUCCGCGCCCGCGCGCCCUCUGCGACACGACUUGUCAUUCCUCCGAAAGUGUGCUUCGUGGCGGUGGUGUCUUGCGAAACUGGGCGAUCGAACGUAACCUGUGCUUGAGAUUUGCGCCAGCUGCUUGCCCCGGUGCAGCGUACAGUGUGGCCUAUACGCUCGGCGGUGUGCACCGCCGGGCUCCGCCAUCACGGCAAGGGGAAAGGCGAGGCGAGCGGCAGCACCGCCUCCAGCCGGAGACGACGGCGGCGGCUCGCCGCCGGCCGCCGGACGGGCGACCUCCUACCCUCCUCGUGCUGCUAGUAUAUCGAGGUGCUUGUACGGCGUGGUUGUCUCGCCGCAAGACGACGUCCCGGCGUCGCGCCCAAGAAGCGGAGACGCCGCGGCGUCCGCAGUGAAGCAUCACCGUCGUGAAGAGCGGGGCCGGGUACGGCGAAGUGCGUGUACCUACAUCACCUAGCCGAGGGGCCACCUAGCCCUGGGGCCGCCGUGGCCUCGCAGCAGCGCCGAGGAUAUGCGCUUCGAGCACUCGGACCUAUCGUGCCAGAGCGCCAUGGCGUUCCAUCCCUUCUUCCUGCCCGGCGGUCCCCCGGGUGCGCCGGCCGCGGCUCCGGGCUCAUCGGCGGCGCCCGCGCCCAGAACCACGGACUUCAGCAUGCACUCCAUCCUGAGCCAGCCGGCGACGGCACCGGCGACUACGGGUCCCUUCCUGCCGUUGGAGUGUUUCUCGGCCGGACCCCCUCCGCCCCCCGUGCCGCCUCCGCAUCACCUGUUCCCGGGACUCGGUCCUGGUCUGGGCCACGGGCUGAGUCCCGCCGCCGCGGCACUCGCGGCCUCUGGUCUGGCGCCUUCUCCGGGACUUGCGAUGCCCAGGGUGCCGGGAGCCGCGAUGACGCGCGAGGAGAUGCUCACGGUGCAGUUCAGGCCCCCGCUAUUGAGGCCCGUCGAACCCGAAGACGACGGUGUCCGAGACGACCCCAAGGUGACCCUUGAGGGUAUGGAACUAUGGGAGAAGUUCUACGCCUGCGGAACUGAGAUGGUCGUUACCAAGUCCGGAAGGAGAAUGUUCCCCGCCUACAAGGUCCGAGUGUCCGGCUUGGACAAGAAGGCCAAGUACAUCAUGCUCAUGGACAUCGUUGCCGCCGACGACUGCCGGUACAAGUUCCAAAACCGGAGAUGGGUCGUGGCCGGCAAGGCUGACCCCGAGAUGCCCAAGCGGAUGUACAUACACCCGGACUCUCCAGCGACGGGUGAACAGUGGAUGCAGAAAGUGGUCUCCUUCCACAAGCUCAAACUCACCAACAACAUCUCCGACAAGCAUGGAUUUACCAUCCUGAACUCGAUGCACAAGUACCAGCCGCGGUUCCACCUGGUGCGGGCCAACGACAUCCUCAAGCUGCCGUACAGCACCUUCAGGACGUACGUGUUCAAGGAGACGGGAUUCAUCGCAGUCACCGCAUACCAAAACGAAAAGAUUACGCAACUGAAGAUCGACAACAACCCGUUCGCCAAGGGCUUCAGAGACACCGGGGCUGGCAGGAGGGAGAAAAAGAGGCUGGGCGAGUCGUCGUCGCACCCGCUGGGCGGCGACCCCCUGGGACGGUCGCUGCAGGACGGCGACUCGAGCGACGACGACGAGCAGCUGGACGUCGGGGGCGCCGACGACCUCAGGGGCCUCAACGGCUCCUGUCCGCCGACGCACGACCACGACGCGGUGCACGAGCGGAGCGGUGACAGGCACGACGACGGCGCCAACGGGGACCGGAGGUGCUCUCCGAGCCCCAACAACCUUGCCGCCGCGGCUGCCGCAGCGGCUGCCGAAAUGUCCCUACACAGCCUUCAGGGCCUCAGCCUGGCCGCCGCCGCCGCCGCGCAUCCCCAGGCCGCCGCCCUGUUUCCCUACUUCUAUCCCGCGGCGUCCUUCUACCACCCGUCUAUGGGCCUCCCUCCGUCUACCAUGUUCCUGCCGCGGGGCGGUCCACCGACGUCUACUCUGGUCGGCGGCCCACACCCGGCCAGCUUUCCGCUCCUGAUGGCCGCCAGCCAGCACUUCUUCAACGGCCAGAAUCACCACAUGGGACAACCGCAGCAGCAGCCGCACGCCGGCAGCGGUGCUCUCAUAGCGGGCGACUCCGUAGGGUCCAGGUUCCUGAAGCAGGCCGCUGGUCCCCAGCAGGGCCGCUUUGCCCCGUAUCCCGUUCCCGUAUCGUCUUCGCCGUCCUCGGCUUCUUCGUCGGGGCCCCAGCAGCACAUCGUGGCGCCCACUCCGACGUACCCGGACUCUGUGCUCCAGGAGACCUCAGCAUCAGCGGCGACAAGGACUUUGUACGGCCCUCCUCCCGCGGGUGUUGUGCUGGAAAAGUGCCUCAGUUCGCCGUCUUCCGAGACGGGCGGCAAUAGUUCGGACAACUCUCUCGCCUCGUCGUCGAUGGUGUCUAGCGAACUCAAGAACAUGGAGAACAUGGUGAACGGACUCGAGAGGCGCCAGGAACAGUUGGCCAUGCUCUCGCUUUCCAGGCUGAGCGACAAGUAGUGCACGUAGAGCGCGCGCAGGCGUUAGUGCUGUGCUUUCUUUCUCUCUCUCGCCUUUUCGUAUUGUAUGUGUACAGGGGUGGUGUGCUGCGCGCCUGUUCCGACUUUGGUGGACGAAAUAACAUGGGCCGCCUUAGGCGGAGUGUGGUGUGACGCCCGGUCACCGUUCUGUGUCCUAUGGCGAUGAUAGAGAGGGAGAGAAAAGAACUCUGUGCAAUCUGUGUGUGCCAUCGUAGUGAGCGGGAAGCAGUCAGUGGAGCAGCGGUGCAGCCUUGGAUAACACGAACAGGACAACGAAGUGGAGUCGUUGAAAGACUGGCUCUCAACGCUAUGCAGCCGGGUGACGCCUCUGUCCAAGUCUUUGUAUAUCUAAUCUGUGUACGCCGUACGCAGACUUUGCCUGCAGGCCAUGCGCAAAACCUUAUGCAGCAAGCUGAGAUCUGCGUUAGUGGUGUAGCAAUGUAUAAAAACAGAAGUCUGUGGCUGCCAGAUCAUGUGUAGUCUCUUUUUUUUUUUAUGCGGUCCUGGUUACUUUACGCUGCUUUGAUGUUGUACAUAUGUAGAGUUUGGGUUUUUAAAUGUCGUCGUCAUUGAACGCAUAUAAUGUGUAUGUGGGUGUGUGCGCGUUCCUCUAUUUAUGUAAGAAAGAAGACGAAAGUGUGUUUGAUAACGAUGCUUCGCUGUAGCUAUGCGUGCACUAGCGUAGAAUAUGCGUUCAGAAGAAUGAAUACCCGUCCUUGAGGAAAAUAGCAAAGCGUUGGGAUAUGAAGAAAGAAUGCCAUAAGUUAUGAGAUAUUAGUUGUAGAAGUGAUGAGUCGUCUGGCUAUUAUGCACUCCUUGUACUGAUUUUUUUUUCUCGCGUAGUAAGCAGCCGCCAUCUUGGGGUGUUAUACUUCUCAGCUAUUUCCAGAAUGACAAUGUCGUAUUAAGUUGCUCGUGAAACGCCUCGAAUGUGGCCCCGUACAACCAUCUCUAUGCGCACCAAUCAACGGCUAUUGGUCAUAUAUUUUUUCGACGCGAGGUGACUCAAGUUUUACGCUUUUAUGAAAGAGCACUGCGCAGAUGUUUUUUUUUUCUUUUCUUCUUACAUCGCUCGCGCGUAACUGCAUGCGUUGACGGCGUGCUUCAGAUGAUUUGGGUCGAAAAUGUUACGCAGCGGAAAAUUCUGACACCACCUUUCGUGCUCAAUUCUCUGCCAAACGCUUAAAGUGAAUGCAGCUGUCAACAUAUAGUUCUAAGUCGCACAUACUUUGGAAAAAAAGUAACUUUAAAACUUUGUAACUUUGUAAAAGAAUAACCGAGCUAUGUGAGGGACGAGUACAUUUUAAAGGCGUAUAACAAAUUUGCAUUUUUUAAAGCGUUAAUAUUCAUGGCUGCAUUUAUCUUUCCUUUGGUGAAUCAAAUGGCUGAAGGCUGUGCGGUCGCCCGGAAAAAAAUAAAGAGACGAGAAAAAGAAAACUACUUAAGAUUUUAAAGAUACUCUUUGCUGUAUCUGUCUAAUCAAGUGCUCUUUUACGCAAGACUCCUGGUCACAAGACACGCAUUUGAGUUACAAUUCUGCUGGUCACGACGUCUGCAGAUGAUUUAGAAUGAUUCUGUCACAAAUCUAAAAAUGCACUGCAAGGGUCGAACAGACACGUUUUAUUUGAGCCUGCUUGGCAGGUCUAUACGAAGGUAAAAAAAGUGUGGCUUCUGUAGUCUUUAUAAACAUUUUGCUCGCAAUUGUAUCCCAACGCUGCUCUUAGAAUUCUGGAGUGAGUCUGAGCCAUUCUGGAGUGAGUCUCUGCUGAGAUGAGUUGGCAAUGUAAGACUGUUUGGGUGAACCAGCAAUAAAUAAAGCAUGAACAUACGAUAAUCUGCGCGAAUUCAUCUUUAUGCACACUGCUCUCGGCCACGUUUGCGGCCCCUGAACAUUCCUGUCGUGUCAUGGUACACCUAAACCAAGCAAUUAGGUUGAACACAGAUAACGCACAGUAUUACUGGUUUUACGGCGUAUAUCCUGCACCGCGGUGAGAAGUAAUGCUGCGUAUCCUUGUAAUUUAGUAGUGUGCUGUACGCUCGCUUAGCUUUCUUGAUGCAUUCACAGGUGGGGCUUGAUACGAACGGCAGACAUGCGUGCUACAAUUGGCACUGUGUUGUGAACACUAACAGCAGCUCACAGACAAUGUUUCUAGGUAUAGCUUGAUUAGCGCACACUUCGUUUUGUAAUGGCGCACAGGAUAGUUUUAAAGGGAAGUGAUUUACGCGCCUCUGUGCAUUGUUCACAAGCGAUCACUUGUGUUUGACGAGGGUCAUUUGGACUUGCGUAGCGUCGUACGCAAGAGUCAUAUACAGUUAUGACAGUUACUAUUAGUACAUUUCCAAAUUAUUUUCCACAGCUGCAGUGUUCAUGUAUGUUACUUUUCUACUUUGGUCUCCUGCUACUGCGACCGCAAAACACGAUAACUGUAGUUAAACAAGGCUCAUAACAAUCCAGUUAUGACAACAACGGACGAAUAUGACAGUCAAAGCGGAGCGUACACGCUAAUAAGGGUUCUGUCGCCACUGGACUGCUACCGCAAUAAAUGCGACCGCACGACCGCCUAUGCAUAUACGACAUGUAACGCCUAUCCACACGACAAAACAAGCAAACAAAUAGAACUACUGAAUUCACACGCCUAUAUUUGUGCCGCAGUGGACCGUGUGAAUGGCGCAGAUAUAAUAGGCAUGCAGGACGACUCUGGCCACGCAUCGUCUGCUUGAAUGGAGCAGACGGCGAGAAAAUUAUACCGGGCAGACGACGCACGAACUUGUUCCUUUUUCUUGCCCACUCAGUGGGCUUCGCGAAGUCCUGUCGUAAUUGGCAAUUGCAAAGCCAGCAAGAAAGCACCCCCCCCCCCUCUCCACCCCAAAUUUCCUAAGGGGGUUAUAUAGAGUGUAGCACCAGUUACCACGAUUACCCCACGCCGAAGAUUGCGUGUUAACUGCGACGCCGUCACAGCCUGGCGAGCAGGUUGGAAAUUUUGUUACACGUAUAUAUAUACCAGCGCGCCAGCGGAAUCUGCCCAGCUUUCGCACGAACCGCAGUCGAUGUUUUCCCUCUAAACGCACACCGUUAUCGUCUUAUGUAGGACCCGGAUGACGCGUCAUCGUGAAGACG